GUAGGCCAGACCCAGGCCGAGCGAGGAGGCCGACGAGCAGGGGGCCGAGGAGGCCACAUUGCAGCGGGACAGAGACUGCGAGCGGAAACUGCCCGCGCCGCCUACCCCGGAGAGGCGCGCAGACAAACGGGAGCUGUCCCCGAACACCUUGCGGUAGGAGGAGGAGGCGCACAGAAUUCAGCAUACAUUUAAGGUAAAAUGACAACCUCCUGGAGUGACCGGUUACAGAAUGCAGCAGAUAUGCCUGCUAACAUGGAUAAGCAUGCCCUGAAAAAGUAUCGGAGAGAAGCCUAUCAUCGAGACUAUACAAAGCAAUCCAACAGUUUCUACAGGGUGUUUGUGAACCGAAGCUUAGCCAUGGAAAAAAUUAAGUGUUUUGGUUUUGAUAUGGAUUACACACUUGCGGUGUACAAGUCCCCAGAGUACGAGUCCCUGGGAUUUGAGCUGACUGUGGAGAGAUUAGUGUCUAUUGGCUACCCUCAGGAGCUGCUCAGCUUUGCUUAUGAUUCUACAUUUCCUACCAGGGGACUUGUCUUUGAUACUUUAUAUGGAAAUCUCUUGAAAGUUGAUGCCUAUGGAAACCUUUUGGUCUGUGCACAUGGAUUUAAUUUCAUCAGGGGACCAGAAACUAGAGAGCAGUAUCCAAAUAAAUUUAUCCAACGGGAUGACACCGAGAGAUUUUACAUUCUGAACACGCUGUUCAACCUGCCAGAGACCUACCUGUUGGCCUGCCUAGUAGAUUUUUUUACUAAUUGUUCCAGAUAUACCAGCUGUGAAACCGGAUUUAAAGAUGGGGACCUCUUCAUGUCCUACCGCAGCAUGUUCCAGGAUGUAAGAGAUGCUGUGGACUGGGUUCAUUACAAGGGUUCCCUUAAGGAAAAGACAGUUGAAAAUCUUGAAAAAUAUGUAGUUAAAGAUGGAAAACUGCCUUUGCUCCUGAGCCGGAUGAAAGAAGUAGGGAAAGUGUUUCUUGCCACCAACAGUGACUAUAAAUAUACAGAUAAAAUUAUGACGUACCUGUUUGAUUUCCCACAUGGCCCCAAGCCCGGCAGCUCCCACCGACCAUGGCAGUCCUACUUUGACCUGAUCUUGGUGGAUGCACGGAAACCAAUCUUUUUUGGUGAAGGCACAGUAUUGCGCCAAGUGGAUACCAAAACCGGCAAGUUGAAAAUUGGCACCUAUACCGGCCCCCUACAGCAUGGCAUUGUCUACUCAGGAGGUUCAUCUGAUACAAUCUGUGAUCUGUUGGGAGCAAAGGGCAAGGACAUUUUGUAUAUUGGAGAUCACAUUUUUGGGGACAUUUUAAAAUCAAAGAAACGACAAGGGUGGCGAACUUUCUUGGUGAUCCCUGAACUCGCACAGGAGCUGCAUGUCUGGACUGACAAGAGUUCACUGUUUGAAGAGCUUCAGAGUUUGGAUAUUUUCUUGGCUGAACUUUACAAGCACCUUGACAGCAGCAGCAACGAACGUCCCGAUAUCAGCUCCAUCCAGAGACGCAUUAAGAAAGUAACACAUGACAUGGACAUGUGCUACGGGAUGAUGGGGAGCCUGUUCCGCAGCGGCUCCCGGCAGACCCUCUUUGCCAGUCAGGUGAUGCGCUAUGCGGACCUCUAUGCAGCGUCCUUCAUCAACCUGCUGUACUACCCAUUCAGUUACCUCUUCCGAGCGGCCCACGUCUUGAUGCCGCAUGAGUCCACAGUGGAGCACGCACACGUUGAUGUCAACGAGAUGGAGUCCCCCCUUGCCACCCGUAACCGCACCUCCAUGGAUUUCAAAGACACUGACUACAAGAGGCACCAGUUGACACGGUCAAUUAGUGAGAUUAAGCCUCCCAACCUUUUCCCACUGGCCCCCCAGGAAAUCACACACUGCCAUGAUGAAGAUGAUGAUGAGGAAGAGGAGGAGGAAGAAUAAGAAGGAAAACCAAACAAGUUCUGGCAGGCCUCACAGGAGCAAAGGCUGUCCUGUUUGGCUGGGUACUGGUGGGGGAGGGUGAGUCCAUCAAGGUAUAUGGGGCGGUUGUUGAAGACUUUAAAAUAUGCUAAUCAUAGAGAGAUACUUGUUUUAGUUUUGUGUCCACUCUUGGCAGAUGGUUCAUUAUUGUAAUGAAGAAAGUAAAGUCAGGCUGAACUGCAUACAGGUGGCUCCCAUCCUGUGACACUUGUCUCCUUGUCUUUUCACACCAUCAGAACAAGGAGGAGGAUGGGAAGAGAUGAUCUGGAAAUGCCGUAAUGUUACCAUCUUUUUCAUUGAUUACACAGUAUUGUCUAUCCCUGGAGAACGUAAAUUGUUUCCAUUCUCA